AGAUGAGUGAGAAACAAUAUUUGUUAUUAGUUGUUCAUUUACAGAUCAUUUGUGAGUUUAUUCAACAUAAUAACCAGUUAACUCGUUAACAAUAAAAAUGAAACAAUUUCUUUCUCUCUGUGUCUUCGCCUUUUCAUUCGCCUUAGUCUUUGCGACUGGAUGUGAAGAAUGCAAAAAAUCAGUCAAGACAAGUAUUCAACCUGGCAAAUGCCCUGAACCCAAUCGACUUCCACAACCAUUUGACCUCAAUCAAUAUCUCGGUACUUGGUAUGAAAUAAAGUCAACCAAACCAUACUUCGAAGAUGGUCAACGUUGUAUCAAAGCUGAGCACAAGUUUGAAACAACUACUGGUAUUUUUGUUACUAACAGCACUGGACUUGAUUCAGUUAACAAUGAAGUUGAAAGAGUUCAAUUCGCCAAGUCUUAUGAUCAGGACAAUGUUUUCACAGCCAAAGCCUUCUUAGGUUCUGGUUAUUACCUUACUACACAAUAUUGGGUUGUUGACACUGAUUACAAUAAUUAUGCUCUUGUUGUUUCAUGUAACGAUGUUUUGGGUCAGUUUAACUUCCGUGAUGUUUGGAUACUUUCAAGGAAACCAACAUUGGACGACAAUAUUGUCGCAAAUCUGGUUGCUGAAUUAGACACGGUUGGACUUCAUGGCAUUGUCCUCGGUGACAUAAUCCAGAAUUGUUAAUUUGAAUCACAGAAUAAGCUAUUAUCGAUAAAAUCUGAACCAAAUUUAACAGAAUUAUUAAUCCUGAUCCCGAACAAAAAAAAACCUUUCGAACUUUAAAAAAUAUUCCAUUCUUUGAUAUCCCCUGUAUUUUGAAGCCCCUGCAUAAUAUUAAAAGCUACUUAGCCUUAAUC